AUGGGCAAAACAGCAUCCAAACUAACUCGAGCUUUAGGUUUUGGUGAUGAUAAACUUGAUAAUACUGGAAGCAGUAGUGAUGUACCAUCAGCACCCAAUGCACCACAAUGGGAUACAACUAUCGAUCAAUUAUUUGGCGAUGCACCUCCUGGCGAAGAGGUUUUAGGUUCACUAGACAUCGGGGAUGCCCCUGUUUUAAAACCAAAAAAACGACGAAAGCCACCACCACCACCGCCACCUCCAUCUAUAUUCAAUCGUGGUGGAGGAGGACAUCGUCGAGGAGCAGUACGUGCAUUGAACACACCGAUUGUACCAGAUAUGCCUAGAAGACGUGCUACAGGUAGAGUACAUGCAACAAAUGCACCGUUCGGUGUCAAUCGAAGACCAAUCGUUGUACCAGCACCAAUUCAGGAACGUCAACGGCCAGCUCGAGUUACUGUUCCCAGUAAUUUCAAACGGCGAUCAUCAAGUCGUCGAAGAAGGCCACCAUCACAACGUACACAACGCUUACAAGAAUUACUUCAAUGUCCUGUUUGCUUGACAGCCUAUACUGAACCUCGUCUUCUUCCUUGUGGUCAUACCUAUUGUGACGAAUGUCUCAAUCGUUUAAUGCAAAAUGACAGUGAUGUCGUAACUUGUCCAGAAUGUCGAAAACAACAUUUAGUUCCUGAAGAUGGUGUUUUUCCACCUAAUUUUGUUGUUCGUAAUCUUCUCGAUGAUCAAGGUAUGCCAACAGGGUCAAGACUAAUGACAUCAGGCAAUAGUUCCUUGAAUGUUGGUGCGACUGCUAAAUGUUCGUCAUGUGAAACAUUUUCAUCGUUACGUUUAUGUCGUCAUUGUAAUUUCAUGGUUUGUGAUCGAUGCCUACGAGCACAUCGACACGAUCCAAAUAGUCAUGAUGAAUCCUUUAAAAGAUCAAAAUUACUCAGUGGUAAAUUAGUACAAUUUUAUAUCGCCGUACGUAAAAUAACUACAACAAACUCUCAAGUAAAACGUUUAACAAUUGAAAUGCCCAUUGGCAAUUACCUUCGAGAUUCAUGUGAAACAUUGAUACGUCGUAUAGCUGAACGUGAACAGUUACAAUUACCUACAAAUCAACUUGUCCUAGAAGUUGGUGAUCAACGUAUAAAACAUCAGCGAACACUAGCCUCUUAUGGUGUACAAAAUGGUGAUCUACUUUUUCUCUUUAAUCCCGACCAACGACUAAGCUUUCUUGCUUAUGAGAACGAAGAAAAUUUAUCGAGAUCAUCACCAUUGCCGACUAGUGAUCAAAAUCGUUUAAGAACAGAAAGUCAUAAUAGUAGUACAAAUGAUAUUCGAACAACAACAUCAAGCGAUACGAUUUACAAUCAUGUACGUCAUCCGUUAAGUACUAUAUCCGAUGAGGAUACGUAUAAUUCAUCAAUGUAUAGCGACACUUAA